CUUAUAUAAAAUCUAUGAAGCUUCACAUGCAGGGCUAUAUAUAUCUUAUUUUAGAGACAUGCUCCGUCGACAGUGUCGCAAAUGAGACCUCAGAGCGAAGCCGGCCCCAGUUGUUCCAAAGUUCCCCGCCGACUAGCGAAUUCAGCCACGACCCAGUGCCAAUAAUCUGGCUUCUCUGCCAAAAAUAUUAAAAAAGUCCUCCGUACGGAGUACUUUCAAUAAUUUGCCAAUUAUUAUGACUGAGUGAAUCAAGCUUCGAGAUUUAGAUGACCUGUUAAACCUUAAGAGCAAGGUUCGUUCGUUUUAAGGGGCAAGGCUGCGGAGUAUUCCAGGUCGUCCUGGACAAACGGGCCGAGAACACCUCUGGUGUCACCGAUCGGCAAGCAAAUAUUAAUCGCGGUUGAAGAAGCCAGACCCAAUCAUUUUCCAUUCUUCCUCUAACGAUCCAAUAAGCCAUAUCAAUCAUAUUUGAACUUCGCGAGCAGGCUGCCUUUAUAUUCCGCGGGAGAACCUGCGCACCCGAAGUUCUUUGGAUAUCUAGGCCCAGCAACGCGUUUGGAAACAGAAGGCAAGCUGAUGACCUGCCCAUAAGUGGGCAACGGGCAAAAUGUCGCCCUAUCGUCGAAUAAAGCUGUUGCUGAUCUCAGUUUUCUUGAUCGUUUUAUUAAUUCUGUACCUGACGGCCGAUCAACGUCGAAUACAAAAUCAGAGGAUUUACCAAAAAACUGUCGAGGCACUCGAUGCCAAACAUGCUCGGAAAGUCGGGCAGCAGGAGGACGAUGGAGUGAUGUUCCAAAAAUUGAAGCCGGGAAAACUAAAGCCGGAGGAUAAACAGGCUAUCGCCGUUGACAGACAGCGAUAUGAAAGCCCGGUGGCGCCGAAAGGCGACUCUGAAGGGGAGCAGGGUGGCGGAUCUGUUGCGGGGCGGGUGAAGGUGCCCCCGUCGGACGAGAAAGGAAAAGAUGUGCCAAAGCAGGAAAGCGAUUCGAAAGAAGUGGAAAUUGAGGCGGAAUUCAAUUCCAUACUGAAGAGAUCGCCAAUCAUUAUAUUCUCAAAGUCCUACUGUCCCUACAGCCGCAAAGCAAAAUAUAUUCUCCUCGAAAAGUAUAGCAUUGUCCCUGCGCCCUUCGUUGUCGAAUUAGACGAGCACCCGCUCGGGCAGGAGCUACAGGCCUUGCUGUCGAGCAAUACUGGGCGCAGGACUGUUCCAAAUGUCCUCAUCAACGGCAAGAGUAUCGGUGGUGGGGACGAUAUUGAAGCACUUGAUAUCUCGAGGGAACUAGCCCCGAAAAUAAAGCAGAUGGUUGGAAGAAGAUUGGUGGAGGCAAAACGGAUUGAUGAUAAGCCGGUCUAAGAUUUACGACCAGUAAAGUUGUCCCUGGAGAGAUCGAUGACUUGGAACUACUACGCAAGAGAUAACUGGGCAUAUGUGAUACCUGCUGGAUAUAAGGAUAAUUGUUUUAUUCUGAACGCGCCAUCCAUUUGGGGAUUCAGGGUGGCCCGAAUACCUUUGGAAUCCGUGGCAAGUGCUCGAUGGUUUGAAUACAGGAUGCGUAAUUUGACCACGAUUAAUAUUUAUCUGGGGUCAUACUGCUGUGGACGGCAUUUGAUUGUUGGAAAGGGCAAAUAUAUAAUUCCCUGGUCGCCCCGCCCGGAUGCCUGGCGUUUUCUUCACUGAAAGCCUUUCGGCAAAAAAUUUGGGACCUUUUAUUAUUUUCCUUCUGUGUCCUUUUUUCCCUCUUUAGGAUUUCGUAUUCCUCGUAAAAAGAAUGAUCCAUCGAAGAUGUA